UAACAUAAAAGAGUUCUAAGGCUAACAUACUUAGGUUACUUAGCAGUUACAGAUUGCUUUGAAAUCUCAACUGCUUGGUUGAACACGUACAAGUAAGCAGUUCACACAAUAUUAACAGCUCGAAUGCAGGCAACAAUUACAUAUGGAUUUGAAUUGAGAUAUUGAAACAUAUAUUUCAAUACUUUUUCGGAGGAUUUUUUUAUCUUUAAUUUAGUUUUACAGUCCUUAAAACUAACAGCACUAAGCAUCAUCUGCCAGUUGCAUACACCUUAAUUGUUAAUUGAAUUGAUUUUAAUCAUCAUACGAAUUAGACCGUUCUAUAUAAUAGCAAACGUUUUCUCGCACACACCAAAAAUACCGUGCCAUACGGCAGCAAGUAGAGAUAGUUAUAGACAAAGAGUGAGGGUGAGUAUGGUACAGACACUUUAAGCGCUAAAUUGCCGACUAAUUUUGGCUCGAUCGUUCCGAUAAUCAUAGGAAAGAUCGCGUGUCUUUCGUAUCAAUUGCAUGUCCAGCUGUUUGCAGUUAUUUUCGCUGACCUUUAAAUAGUCGCAGUCAUGAAUCCGGCUGCAUUAGUUCCCUCAGAAUGCUGGACCUCAACGCCAAUCCAACGACUAGCUACAAUGCCGAGCUCAAAAUCUGGUCCGGCGCUCGUGAGCAGAGCUAUUACAAUGAUGACCUGACCAUUGGUCAAAUCAUAUUCAGGCAGCUGCAGAACGAACCGCAACGCAUCUUUCAGAUCUCGCAUAGCGAAAAUACGCGUCUUACCCGCUCCCAGAUGCUGCACAAUGCGGCCAAGGUGAGUGUCUAUCUAGGGGCGCAGGGAUAUCGCAAGGAAACGGAUAUUGUCGGCUUGGUAGCCAGAAAUAGCACACAUUUGGCUGCCCUCGCCUAUGGCUGUCUGUUCAAUGGAACGCCUUUUCAUGCCAUCAAUCCGAAUCUGGAGGAGCACACAAUGCGAAACCUGUUUGGUAUAACCAAGCCGAGGAUUAUCUGCUGUGAUGCACAGGAUUAUGAGAAACUUCGAAAAAUUGCAUCAGCAUUGGGUACUAAAAUUUUAAUCAUACAUGGACGCAUGGCGGGUGUCAUGAACAUCCAGGAGCUGUUGCAAGCAACUAUCCCGGAGGAUUACAGGCCAGCCCAGUUUCAACGCGGCAUCGAUCGCAUCAUGGCCAUACUCUGCUCCUCGGGCACAACAGGCACCCCCAAAGCGGUCACCAUAUCAAAUAGUCGCAAGAUAUUCGAGAGUCAUAGCUAUCUGGACCCCAAUGACAUACAAUAUGCGCCGAGCACUCUGGACUGGCUAACGGGCUUGAUCACCCUGGUUACGGCUGGGGUCUAUGGCACAGUGCGUCUCAUUUCCAUGGAGGUUUUCAGUCCCGCACACUUUCUAGCCAUGUGCGAGCAGCAGAGCAUCAGCUGGGCGGUGCUGGCCGCCUCACAUAUCGCCAUGCUUGCCAAUUGUCCCGGGAUAAGCGCAAAGCAGGUGCGCAGUUUGCGGCAUUUGCUCUUCGCUGGUGGCCACACCCUGGUCGCAACGCUGCACAAGAUGCAGUCACAUCUGCGCGGCGAGGGCAUCCUGCGCAAUGCCUAUGGCAUGACAGAGCUGGGCACCUGCAUCUCCUAUAACCACAGCAUUCACACGAAGCCCAAAUCUGUGGGUCUUCUCGUGGCCAACGUACGUUUGCGCGUGGUGAACGCGUCAUCGGAGGCAGUGGGUCCAAAUGAACAUGGGGAGCUAUAUUGCCACAAUGGACAGCACUGGAGUGGCUAUUAUGGCAACCGCCUGGCCACAGCUGAGAUGAAGGACACGGAGGGCUGGUUCCACACUGGCGAUUUGGGCUACUUCGAUGAGGAUAACUAUCUGCACAUUGUAGAGCGCAAGAAGGAUAUGCUCAAGUAUCUGGGCAUGAUGUACUAUCCGCAUGAGAUCGAGGAGAUCAUCGCCCAAAUGCCCCAAGUCGCCGAGGUGUGCGUCUUUGGCAUUUGGAAUGAGACCGACGGCGAUGCAGCAGCUGCCUCGGUGGUGCCCAGACCGGGUAGUCAACUGCACUCCGCUCAGGUGGUGCAAUUUGUAGCCGAGCUUAUCAGUGUAAACUAUAAACAGUUGAAUGGAGGUGCACAGAUUGUGCACCAGCUGGCGAAGAGCGCCAAUGGCAAGGUUAAUCGUCAGGCCGUGAAGGCCGCCUAUCUAAUAGCAGCUGGGAAAACAGAGAUAACUGAUUCAUAAUAGGUUGCUCCCAAGGUUUGAUAAGGUUGCGAACACUUAAUGUGUUCCAAUCGGGAGUGCUUGACUAGUAAAUACCCUAUGAUAACAAUUCA